UAGAUCUGUGAAGACAUUAGUUAUCUUUUUAAAACUUCUUGACGUUACAUGCACGAACAAUUUCACUACUCCGUAGUUAUCUUUUGAAUGAUAGGUGACAUCGAUUUUUUUCAAUUUCGCCGAGAAAUAUUGCACAAGAAGCUGAGUUGCAGACUAUUACCGUGAAAUUAAUCGUUUCCCAAAGUUCUUGUUUAUGACAGGGACGUUAUUAAAUAAGCGACUAGCGUAUAAUUUCGACAGAAAUUGAAAUAUUUAGUAUGUGACAUGGGAAUAAAUCGCUCGCGGAGAUGAUUAUUUCGGAAAUUGAUCUGAUAAAGAUUGCACGAGACGGCGUAACGACGUCCAUUUGGUAUAACAAAGUGUUAGUCUUUGGCACCAUAAAAGCAUUGUGGAAAUCUCUGAAUUUCAUAUUCAAUUAAUUUCCCUGGAAUUUCUUUCCUAGCAUGGAUUUAGUGAAGUGUAAUUCAUUUUCAUUUUGGGAAGAAGAAAUAUUCAUGGAAAAUAUAUAAAAAAAGAAUUUGUGCAACACCAUGUUGUUUCUAGUAUUGUUUACAUGCAUGUUACACGUGCUGAAGUGUGAACAAUUCUCAAAUCGAGAUUGCCGGUAUGAAUUUAAUGUUUGGCAGCCCGACGCCGACGAAUUGCAACGCAUGCGUACACUGGAAGUACAGUACGCAAACUUUACUAACUACGUGGACAAAGAACUUUUACAAGUUCAACUUCAACGGGCCAACGAUAUCGAUAUAUAUCGGAACUGGACGAUAAUGUACGAUAAGUCACUUAUGGACCUGAAAACAGAGCAACUUCAAAAAUAUGUAGAACUUCAAGAAUUGAGAGUAAAGGUAGGAAUAUACGAAAUGAAAUUGGAAGAAAUGAAAGAUCAUUUCGAAACCUCAAAAUACCGUAUUGCAAAUCACCGGUCCGGGCGCAAGAAGCACGUGCGAAAAGACAGAAUGCUUCCUACGUACGGGUCUCAAUCGGACACACCCAGAGAGCAGCUUGUAGAUAGCUUAAAGAACAUGGUCUCUGACCUGAAAGCAGAAUGGAUUCUCCUAAAGCGAGAGUUUAUAGAUAUGAGAGGGGACAACAAAAACUUACACAGGAUUCAGAACAGUUUGUAUAAUUCGAGCGUUUCCUGCCACGCGGAAACCACUCAGUUGCACGAGCUGAAUAGGAAGCUUGAACAGACGGACAAACGAAUAGAAAAUGAUAUUGAGGGUAUCCAAUUUAAUAUUAAGCGCUUGAGCCAAGACUUGUCUGGAAUAAAGUCUAAGCAAGAGACAGUUAAAAGCGAUGUGCUGGACACAGAGAAUAGACUGUCGGCCCUUCAAGCUGUCACGGUCGACAUGCGUAGAACGAUUGUCGCUUUACAAACACAGGGCACGGGCAUGCGAUCUAGUGUGCAGUCUGCACGUGUCACUGUGGAUGAUAGCAUUCCCGUGCACGUAGAAAAGGACAGUAAUUUGAAACAGGAAUCCGACAAAAUACCUAAAGACUGUGGCGAUAUCGCCGACCAAGGAUAUACUAUGACUGGACUGUAUAAAGUAAAACCUGCUGAAAACAUGCUACUUGACUAUGUCUACUGUGAAAUAAUCGACGGGAUCGGCUACACCGUGGUGCAGAGACGAGCUGAUGGUCUCCAAGACUUCAACCGUGGCUGGCUCGAGUAUAAGAUCGGCUUCGGAAAUAUGUAUGGUGACUUUUGGGUUGGAAACGAAUUUCUUCACGCGCUUACGAAAGAUAACGAAUAUGGGUUAUUCAUCGAGAUUUGGGAUUGGGAAGGGAAUAAAACUUUUGCAAAAUACAAUGUUUUCACCAUCGGUGGUGAAGAUAGCCGGUAUGCAUUGCACGUGAGUGGUUACGAAGGAGACGCUGGGGAUUCCCUUACUUACCAUGACGGAAUGAAAUUCAGCACAGCUGAUCAUGACAACGACCUUUCUGACCGGAAUUGUGCCGCGGACAAUAAAGGAGGUUGGUGGUUUAGUGGAUGCUACUUCAGUAAUUUAAAUGGCGCCUACCAUAUUGGCUGGUACUCGCCUACACAGUCCGCGUUCGCGGAUGGUGUCGUCUGGUACACACUUAAAGACUCAGAUCGCUAUUCUAUCAGAAAAGUGGAGAUGAAAAUAAGGAAACAAGUUUGAAUAUUGAACCAUAAAAUCAAUUUGAAAUAAAGUAUUUCUGACACUGUCAUGUGUUUCUUAAGAGGGUGAAUUAUUAUCCCAGCACAUCUAAAGCUUGUAAAUUUGGGGGUGGGGGGGAUGAAAAAUCAGUAAUAUUUCUUUGUACUGAAGAAAACGUGACAGACAAAAGUGCGUCGCGAAACUUCAUUAAAGGAAGAUAAUAUACAUAAAUUGUAUAAUACGUCUUUCCGCUACAGCAGUCAACGGCUCUGUGUGAUGGUUCCAGGAAGUGACGUUUUAUUAUUAAACUACAUUUUGUUCUUGUUUCUGUUUUAAAAGUUAUUUCAAUUAAAAUUUUGUUGUUUUAUUGGAACAAUUUGUUU